AUGAAUUUGAGGACUGGCACCAAGUUUUGUAGGUUCCUCCGUGACAUUUCCAAUGAAGUUUAUGAUGUUGAGCCAAACUGGAAAUUUAGUGGAAGAUAUGAACACAGUAGUAGGGUGGGUCCUUUCAUGCUUGGGAAGGAAAAUAAGGCUAUUGGCUGGAGUUACAAUGAUGUUAAGCUCAUCAUGCAGAAUAUCAUGUGUGAGCAGGAGACUACCGAUAAUGAAACUGAAACUGUCAGGGUUUCAGCAUUGCUGAGAGCAUUUCCUCCAACGAUGGAAUGGGAUAUAGCAGCAAGGAGGACUGGUCUUUCUGGCACGACACUGUCUGUUGAAGGAGAGUGGAAUUCCUCCAUCGGGAAGCUUUGCAUGGUUGGGUGUCUAGGAGUUGUUAAUUCAGGAUUAGAAGGAUGCAAUUCUCAGAUUUUGUUGUACAUUCCUCGUUCAUUUUCUAGCAGGCAAAGAAGUAUCAUGUUUGGGAGUAUAUCCAGCAUCAGAAAUGAAACUGAUUCAUACUUCCCCAUACUGUUUGGGGUGGCAAUGAGUCCAACAAUACUCUCUAAAUAUGGCUUGUACCUAUCAUACAAUUAUUCGAAGACUGACAUAGUUGGUGUGUUUAGGAAGAGAAGCCAGCCAUCUCAAGUGAUAACUUUUAUUAGGGAAUCACUCUUAACAUAUCCAGCCCAGGGGGAUAGAAAUGAUUUAUUUUAUCGUUUACAUCUUCUUUCUAGUGAUCUCUAUAUUUACGCUUAUGCACUCCCUGUUCCCAUAGUCAAUGGCCAUAAGCCAGAGAUCUUUGUUCAGGUUGAGGUGCUUUCAUUAGGUCCUGUAUUUGGAAGAUAUGCCCCCUUGUUGUAUAAAGAUGGCUCUUCAGUUAGUGAUCAAGCUGAACUCACCAAGUCAGAGGUCCGCAAUGUUUCCUUACAUCUCAUGCUCACAGAAGCUCCCCUCAGAUUUUCAGGGAAAUCCAAUAAAGAUAUUUCAAAGUUGUUCCUGGAAGGUUUAUAUGACCCAGUUGUUGGUGAGAUGUAUUUAAUUGGUUGCAGAAAAGUUAUGGUUGAAAGUAUUAAUAUUGAGAGAGGCCUAGAUUGUUCAAUGAAUGUUAAAAUUGAGUAUCCUUCUGAGACUACAUUGUGGGUAUUCAUUCCAAUUACAAAAAUUACCAUCACCAGUCGAAGGAAUGACAAUGAUCCUCUCCAUUUCAGUCCAAUAAGCCUACAGACAUUUAUGAUUAGUUCUCGCAAGCAUGAGAGGGCUGUACUAUUCAGGAAAUCUUUUGAGGCGAUCCUUCGUAUUCUGAUGCUUUUAGUGUCUGUUGCUAUCACAUUGAGCCAACUCUUUUACAUGAAAAAAAAUGUAGAAGCCAUUCCUUACAUAUCUCUUGUCAUGCUUGCUAUCCAGGUUCUUGAGUAUAGCCUUCCACUGAUCAGCAACAGUGAGAUUCUAUUCAAAUCAAAGGAAUCUGAAUCUUACAGACUCCAAUGUUAUAGUUUUCAGGAGUACUGUUCUUCAAAAUCCUUGAUUGUACUGGGAAAUUUUUGUCGUUGGCUGGCUUGCUUCUCACAGCUAGGCUUUUCCAGAAGGUGUCUGAGUCCCGAAAUGAAGUACAUUGGACGUCAAAGCCAAGAUGUGUUCCUAGUGAUAAGCAGGUUCUCCUAA